AUAAGAUAUUAAGUGUCACCAACAUAUAAAUGUCGCAUGAUGAUGACUGGGUUUCUUAGUUUCUUCGAAUAAAACGACUCGAGCAGAUACAGAUUGUGAAUACGCAAUGGAAUAUUUGAGCUUUAAUUCGUCGAACAAGUCACUUACUUUGAAGAAACGAGAUAUUCUUCCUAAACCAGCGGCGAACGAAGUCCGAAUUAAAGUCACGUAUUCUGGAAUUUGUGGAACGGAUCUUCAUAUUUUGGAAGGAAGUUUUCCUUGUAAAGAGGAUGGGCCUCUGACUCUUGGACAUGAGUUUGUAGGUACUAUCGAUGAACUUGGAUCGGAGGUAACCAUCUUUAAAAUUGGUCAACGUGUCGCUGUCGAUCCUAACAGGGGAUGCAACAUAUGCCAUCACUGUCACAAUGCAAAUUAUCAUUUUUGUAAGCACGGUGGUAUAAAUAAUACCAUUGGUAUUUUCAAAGAUGGUGGAUGGGCUACGCACGCGCUUGUCCCAGAAACACAGGUAUAUUUAAUUCCGGAUGAAAUUGAAAUGCACCAAGCAGUACUGAGUGAGCCGUUGUCGUGCAUGGCUCACGGUUGGGACAAAAUCAAUCCUGUAACCGUAGGAAACAAGGUUCUUGUAGUAGGCGCCGGUAUCAUAGGUUUAUUGUGGGCCUCUUUGUUUCAUUUGCAUGGUCUCAGAAAGACUGUCACUAUCAGUGAACCGCAACAAAAACGAAAAGAUCUUGCCUCCAAUCUUGGUCUUGAUUAUAAAGUUAAAUAUCCGACGGAAUUGAAAGAGGAGUUUGAUUUAGCUGUGGAUUGUAGCGGCAAUGCUCCAGCCAUGGAAUUGGCCAUGUCUUUGUUAGGUCACGGUGGUCGCUUGUGCGUAUUCGGUGUCGCUAAUCCAAAAGCGAAACUAUCGAUUGAACCAUUUCAGAUUUACAAAAAGGAGUUGAGCAUCAUAGGCGUGAUUAUAAACCCCUACAGUUUUUCCAAAGGAUUAGCUUUGGUGCAAUCAAUGUCAGAAGAAUAUCUUGAUUACAAUAAAUUGGGAAUCAAGAUAUUUUCCUUGUCCCAAUAUAAAGAAGCUCUCGAUGCGCUGAAGAAAGGAGACAUAAGCAAGGCUGUUUUCAAAUUGUGAAAGUUUAUAUAUUAUUUUAUUCAUAUAUGUAUAUAUAAUAUAAUAUAUAACGAGAAAAGACAAAAAUACUUUCUUUUUAUAAAAUUUUAUUGCUUGUUCCAUACAUAAAUUUGGUUGAAUAUGUAAAUGCAUGGAGUUUGAAGUAAUAAAAUGCGAUAUGACACUACUGAAA